AGGGUCUACUCUGCCUUUGAGAAACAGCAUGUUGUUGGUAUAGAUUUGCUGACUUAUACUGUGGACCAUUACUUUGAAGCAAGCAGUGUGAAUCUUGUGCCUCUGCCACUGCUGUGUUCCAAGCGGUGGACGAGACAGCUAAGUUGUAAGUAACCAUGAGUCGAGCCUGGGCCUUGUUUAAGGCCCACCCCUACAUCAGCAACGUGGUCGGAUACACAACCCUGUUCGCAUCCGCGGACCUCAUACAGCAAAGCAUGCUUGGAGGGAAACAGAGUGGUGGAUUAAACACAGACAAGGGAACACUCACCAUCCAUGACUCAGAGGGGGCCAAGCUUAACAUGGAGGGAACCAAUAUUUCCACUGGUACUAAAAGUGUCACAACAUGGGCUGAUAUUGACUGGUCCCAGACCGCUCGAGUGGCCUUUGUUGGGUUCUGUUUCCAUGCCAAUUUCAACUACCAUUGGCUGAAGGGGCUGGAGAGGAUGUUGCCAGGGGGAGGGGCCAAAAGGGUGUCAGGGAAGGUAGUGCUGGAUCAACUGGUUGCUGCCCCCGCUACUAUCAGUGCCUUCUUCAUAGGUCUUAGUGUAUUAGAAAACAAAGAGGACCCAUUGGAAAACUGGAGGGAGAAAUUCUGGACUUCAUACAAGACUGGAGUGGUCUACUGGUCAACAAUGCAGGCAUUGAAUUUCUCCCUGGUUCCCCCAGUUGCUCGUACAGUGUUUGUGGGUGGCAUCACGCUGGUGUGGACAGUCUUCCUGUGCCAUUUCAGACAGCAGAAAGAUGAUACACAAACCAAACCCCCCUCUCACUGAUAUGGAUGUUAUUGGAUGGGUUGUGUGAUGAGAAAAUUGUGACAAUUGUUUAAUUGAAUAGCUUUUAUGUGCUGCACGCUUAUAACUUGAUUAAAGUAGUUAUUUUAAA